AUGUCCUCAAUCAUCCGGAAAUCCCUCCUCACCUCCGCACAGUCCUUCUGCUCUGCCUUCGCCUCCCAAACCCCUCCGCCGGAAAUCCUCACCAAACAUUUCACCUCCAAAACCGAUGACAUCAUAGUCCUCGAGCACGGCUUACCUCGCUUGGCACCCUUUCUCGGUCGCGAAUAUCGGGGUAAAGACGGAUUUCUGGAAUACUUCAAGACGAUUGGGGAGCAACUGAGUUACAAAGACAUGACAUUCUCUAAUUACAUUGUGGACGCCGAGGUGCGCAAGGUUUCGGUUAGGGGACAGGCGGUGUUCACGAACACGAAGACGGGACAGAGCUGGGACGAGAUGUUUACGUAUGUGUUGGAGUUUGACGAGGAGGCGAGGGUGAAGAAGUAUGAGGUUUGGGCUGACUCGGGGGCUGCGUAUUUGGCUAGUCGGGGAGAGUUGUCGUGA